AUGGAGGAAACUGAAUUAUCCAUACAAAAAUAUGGCAAGGUGCCUGAUUCAUAUAUUACACCUUUAAAAGAUAGAAAUAUUAUAUUACAGAAGUCAGAUCAAUUAUGGAAUCUUCAACAAUAUG